AUGGCGAGCGCCUGUGUUGCCACUUUCGUACUCAUCUUGGCCUCUAUUUUUGCCAUUUCAUUGGGUACUCCUCAAGGUGAAGUUGCACGAAAGCCAUACAUAGUUCAUGUGGUUAAGUCCGCGAAACCCAGCCAUUUAACAUCACACCACAAGUGGUAUGCUUCAAUGCUUCACCAGGUCUCGCAAUCAGACUCACAUGCAACAGAGUUGUUAUAUACAUAUGAUACUGUCUUGCAUGGCUUUGCUGCGAUGCUGAGCAGCGCAGAGGCUGAAGCCAUGGAGACUAUGGACGGGUGCUUAGCUGUAAUUCCGGCCUCUCUUCAUCAACUAGACACCACGCACUCACCUGAGUUCCUCGGCCUUGUCAGUUCCUCUGGAUUCUUGUGGAAUUACUCUACUUAUGGCGAAGGUAUCAUUGUGGGCGUGAUUGACACAGGCAUAUGGCCUGAAAGCAAAAGCUUCAGUGAUGCAGGCCUUGGACCCAUUCCUGCUAGGUGGAAAGGCAUUUGUGAAGUUGGGCAGAAGUUCAAUUUAUCCAACUGCAAUAAGAAAAUCAUUGGUGCUCGAUACUACUUCAAAGGCUACGAAAAGAGUUACAAUACUAGCAUUGAUCCAGUCUCGGAAUACAAAUCUGCUCGAGACAGUGGUGGGCAUGGGACACAUGUAGCUUCAAUUGUUGCGGGAUCUCCGGUGGAUGUUUCUAGUUGGUUUGGUAACGGAAAGGCCAGAGGGAUGGCCCCUCAAGCCAGGCUUGCCAUUUACAAAGCGUGCUGGAAAGACGGUUGCACCGACGCGGACAUAACUGCUGCGAUAGAUCAAGCGAUUGCUGAUGGCGUCGACAUCAUUUCAAUCUCAAUCAGUUCAAAAGAUGUGCCUUUUUACAAGAGCACAAGAGCCAUUGCAGUAUUCGGGGCCAUAAAAAAUGGUGUUCUUGUUUCUGCCUCCGGAGGAAACUCAGGACCAUUUUCAUCUACUCUGAGUAACACAUUGCCAUGGGUUAUGACUGUAGGCGCCAGCAGCAUCGACAGAGAUUUCCCUGCUUUUGUACUACUGGGCAAUGGAGCGACCUACAGAGGCACCUCCACCUACAAAGGAGGAAAUGGAAAAUUGCAUGGGCCCUUCUCUGUGGUGUAUGCUUCCGCCAACAACAGCUCAAAGCGUUGUCUUAAAGGCAGCCUGGACCCCAAUGUGGUGAAGGGUAAGAUAGUGCUGUGCGAUCAGUUAUUAGUUUCUAAGAAUCCAGGGGAGUCCAUUGCCGUGGAGAAAGGGAAUGAAGUGGCCAGAGCAGGCGGUGUAGGAAUGAUUGUUGCGAAUGAAGUGCAUAUCGGAGCACAACAGCGGAUUACCAAUCCUAUUAAUGGUCUGUCGUCUAUCAGCGUCAGUUUUAGAGUUGGUGAAAGAAUAAAAUCCUACAUCAACCGUACGUUGAGUAAUGCCACGGCCGCGAUGAACAUCACAGGCUUGACUGUUGUUGGAGAAGAAAUAACUGCUCCCAUGGUUGCUGCAUUUUCUUCCCGGGGACCGAGUAUAGCCUAUCCGCUUAUUCUCAAGCCUGAUAUGAUUGCUCCGGGCGUCAACAUUUUGGCAGCCUUGGGAGAUGGUUACGAAUUUAAGUCAGGGACUUCAAUGGCUGCCCCUCACGUUAGUGGAGUUGCAGCGCUGAUAAAAGCCGUGCAUCCCAAGUGGAGCCCUGCCGCCAUAAAAUCUGCUCUCAUGACGUCUUCUUACAUUCUUGACAAUGCAAAGCAGCCCAUCAGAGAUUCAUACACCAUGCAAGUAGCCGACCCCUUUGCAAUGGGUGCAGGUCACAUAGAUCCCGAAGCUGCGGUAGAUCCUGGACUUGUCUAUGAUAUGGAGCCUCAAGAUUACAUCAACUUUCUCUGCUCUCUAAACUACACCAAACAACAAAUUGCUCUACUCACCAAUGAGCCCUGCCCCAACUCCAAUUUUACAGCCACAGAUCUGAAUUACCCCUCAUUUUCCGUGGUUUUCAAUUCGGGCACUCAAUCUGUUCAGGUGAAGAACAGAACACUGACGUAUGUGGGCAACACUCUGGAUGUUGUGUACAAGGUGAGCGUGAAAAGCCCUCGCGGCGUGAAAAUGUUUGUGGAGCCACAGCAAUUGAAGUUCAAAAGAGUAAAUGAGCAAGCCAAGUACAGUGUGAAAUUUGAAAAUGAAGGGACAGCCAAAGCUGGCACAGUCCGAUUUGGAGAGAUAAUGUGGAAUUCUGUCAAUGGAGGGAAACACAUUGUUCGUAGCCCAGUUAUCGUAGCAUUCCAAAGUUCCAUCCUAUCUUUAGACCAUUCGAGUAGCAAUACCACUUAUGCUUUUUAUCUGCUUUAG